AGCCGAUGGGUUCAAGGGGAGGAGAUGGGAGGAGCGAUGUUAGAUUGAGGGAACGCCCAUGCAGGAUGAGGCCUGUUCGGAAGUACCCACAGAGAACCUGGCAGAGGCGAGCAAGAUGCCGGUGCUGACAGAGGUGUCGACGGAGGUGCGGUUGGCUGCAAUGUUGCCGCGCAUUGGAACGCCUUCCCUGCAGUUCCAUGUCCAGCAAUGGGGCAAGCAGUCAAAGCAAUCACGCCCGUCGACGUCCUUGCAAGGCUUUUCACACUCUCCGGGCUCAGGAAUGGAUUUCCGAGCAACCUGUCCUGCAUCCUUCGCCUCGCUCAGGAAGCCUCAGCUAGAGAGCCUUACGAGCCUGACGAGGCCGUUUCGAGAACCUCCGGUGGACAAGAAGUUGGUCCUGCAGGCAGAGCGAUCGGCUGCGGUGAUCCAGCAAAACAGCAGG